UGAUUAUGAACAAACACUGUUGAAUUAUCAAAUAUCAAGAGAUGACGAGAUUCAUCGUGGUUCGUUCAAGCUCAUAUCACAAACAAUUAUUCCCUUUAGCACUUAUGUGAGUUAUCAAAACCCCACAAAUAGCAUACUCGACUUUUGGUACCUUGCAAACGAAGUUGUUUAUUAUAAUUAUAACCUUCAGUCUACCAUUCUUUUUAAAAGAAAUAUAGACACUUUUAUAUGUAAAAACAUCUUAAAAUGAUUUUAUUUUACAUGGCUUAUUAUUUGUUUCAGAUUAUAUGGACUGACGUGCACAUUCUCUAGUAUAAGAAAACUACUUGAAAACUGCUACGUAAUUCUUGGGAAUUUGCGUUUACAUGCUCGUUAUUGAGUGUAAAAAGAAAUUAAAAAUGUCCCAUUAAGAAACGCAUGCACACGAGCGUAUAUUUGAUCCACGCAAGCACAGAUACUCUAAAUAUGACAAAAUAAACAUGAAAGAAAAGUCAAAGCACGAACAGCUUACUUACUGGGUUGACCUCUGUGGGCGGACUCACUGAUUUAUUUACACCGUUUUGACCUGUCGUAAGCCAAGCCUACGAAAAAUUCAUUGUUCAUUUAGCCUUUGAGCCUUUUGCGUAGCCCAUGCGGUUCAAUGCUGACCAAGGCACUUCAGUUUAUUUUUUAGCGGUGUCUGUGUGGUAAUGGUAAUUAACUACGCUCUGAACCUGAAGAACGUAAAGAUUACAUCUUCCUAGCUUGCACACCAUAUGUUCCGAGAUAAAAGAGAAAUCUGUCGAGGAGGAGAUAGUUCUAGUAACUCGGCGACUGCACACGACGCUGAACUAUGGCGUUCGUCAGGUUGGGGUGCUCCCUAAUUAUUCUGGCUUCUCUCGCUUCAUCUGUCCUUCUCCGCGACAAAAAUGAGACAGAAACUGGAACAGUGAUAUUGGUUUCGUUUGCAGGGUUAGGAUGGCAAUUUGUCGGUUCGGAUCUGACCCAUACGCCGAACUUCGACUUCAUCGUCCAAUCUGGCGUAAAGGCAAAAAAUAUGGUACCAGUUCACCCAACACGAACUGCGCCCAUACAUACGACCUUCCUGACCGGUUUGUAUCCUGAAUCUCACGGCAUUGUCGACAACAUGUUCUGGGAUCCUAUUUACGAAGAGCGCUUCAUCCAUUCCGAUGACUGUUCUAAUUUUGACCCAAAAUUCUACAACGAAUCAGAACCAAUUUGGCUGACAAUGCAGAAACAGGGAGAAAAAACAGCGUCGUACUUUUGGCCUGGGAGUUACAGCUAUAAGGAAAAGCCCACGUAUGCAACAAAGCCUGUUUGCUACGUGAAUUGUGAUCACUACAGCGGCAGAAAGCUCGAGAAUCUGCGAGAAUAUAUGAGGGUUCAUUGCACAUUUGAUUGGUCGGACCCGUUUAGUAACCGCGUAGAUAAGGUGCUCGAGUGGGUGAGUUCCAACGAACCUCCCAAACUCGCGCUGCUCUACAUCGACGAGCCCGACUGGAAGGGACACGCCUACGGACCCCACUCCCCACAGUACCGCCAGAUGAUUGAAAUGAUUGACAGAGAUGUGGUUGGGCGACUGCUUGAUGGCUUGUACACUGCCAAGCUGUUGAACAAGGUCAAUAUAAUACUCGUGUCUGAUCACUCUUUGAUCGAGACCUCGAAUAAGCGUCAGAUUUGUCUAAAUGAUUACAUCACAAGCAAUGAUUAUUACGAGAACAGGGGUACGACCGAGCAAUUAUGGCCCAAACCCGGACAAAUGGAGAAGGUACUUAACGCCUUGAGCACGGCAAAUAACUCCCAUUUAAAGAUUUACAAAAAGAGAGAUUUUCCUGACAACUGGCAUUGGAAGAACAACCGGCGCAUUCCUCCGCUGUACCUUGAUGUCGAAGAAGGCUGGCUCAUGCGCACUGACUAUGAUACCGCUGGCGAGGGAGAAUGGAUAGAAGGCUCACACGUCUGGUCACCUUCCCAGAAUUCUGCUGGAAUCUUCUACGCGCGUGGACCUUUUUUUAAGGCGAACUACUCGUCGCCACGAAGUCUCCGUGCAGUCGACUUAUACCCAUUACUAUGCCAUAUACUUGGAGUAAAGCCUCGCUCGCAUAACGGCUCCCUGUCCAUUAUGAUGGAAUUUUUAAAAAUGAAAUCACUUGAGGUUGAGACCAAUACUAGCACUGGAAGAAAUCCUCAAGCUUUAGAGAAAGGAACCGACAUCUCAUCCGGUAGCGUCGAUACAGCCGAGGGUAGCACUGUCACGCCACUAUCCCAUCAUGUUACCGGAAAGGCUGUCACGCCACUAUCCCAUCAUGGUACCGAAAAGGCUGUCACGCCACUAUCAUAUCAUGUUACCGGAAAGGCUGUCACGCCACUAUCCCAUCAUGGUACCGGAAAGGCUGUCACGCCGAAGGGUGGUUCAGGCCAAAGUACGAUGCCAAGUCGGGUAACAUUACCGACAGAUAACUAUGGGAAUGUCAUUAAGAUGAAAAACACUGGUGGCAAAGAGACAAGCUCUGGUAUCGGCGUCACGCAAUCACUAAAAGAUAAAGGAACAAUGCUUACUGACAGCUCCGGUGAUGUCAUCACCUCAACCCAAAAUCCAAAAUCUACAGCGCCAGCCGUACACCACAGCCCGGACCCUAAGCCCCCUGUCCUUCUUGACAAGUCUGGAAUAAUCCAGAAGUCACACAAUUCCACUGGUAACACAACACCGACGACUACUGUGACGGGUAGUGAUCCGCCGGAAGUCGGCGCUAAAGCUGGUAAUCAUGGCAACACCAAUGUCGCUACUCCCGUAACUUUGGUGAUACUACUUCUACCUUUCUGUUUGACUUGCUGAAGAGACUUUGCCUCAAAUCAGCGUGGUUGCAUUAUAGCAGAUAUAAGUUGCCAGUUUCAGACAUAUUUCCCCUUAAUAGUUAUAAAAAACGUUUUGGAUUGUAACGGGUGUAUAGCGAACUUUUCAGCCCUGGAACCCAGGGUAAUAUUAUUCACGUAAUAUCACAAGUAUUUCGUUUCUUAGACCAGAACAACUGUUCCUAUAUAGAUCGAAAUCAAAAUGAUCGGAUACUCAAUGGGUCUUUCAGAUGGGCCGUAGCAGGGGAGGGGCCGGUUGUAUAUAUUUCCCAUAAAUUCCUGAUGCAUUUUUCGUGUAUGAAUAUGACAGACUUUUUUACACAACUAUGUUUUUUUUCUGAAUUUUUGAGGUACGCACAUGCGUAUUUGCAUGAAUAAGCUUAAAAAAACAGCUCACCUACUGUCUAGGAGCUAAAUCAAGGAUCUCAAUAUAACUGAACCGCCAUUUGCAUUGCAAGUACAAUAUAAAAAAGCAAGUCAUAUUAGGAAA